AUGGAGCCACGAUUUCCACAGCCAAUCAAAUACUCCGUUCACAAAUCCGUCACCACCAAGGUCUUCCCUCCGAGGUCGGAGAACCAAACGCCGAGACUGGUGAGGAUCUCCGUCACCGACGGCGACGCCACUGACUCCUCUGACGACGACGAGGGCGGUGCCUGCCGCCGGGUCAGGACCCACGUCACCGAGGUCCGGCUGGUCAGGGCGAGCUUUUCCGAGAAGGCCAAGAAGAGGGGUCCACCGGCGGCGGCGGAGCCGCCGGCGGAGGAGAGGAGGUACCGCGGCGUGCGGCGGCGGCCGUGGGGAAAGGACGAGUGCUCGUUGAGUGGCUAUUUCAAUCUGAGGGUGCCGUCGCCGUUGAUACUCGACGAGAUGAGGUGGAAAGAGGAAGAUUUGGGUGAUGGGGUUUAUGAUGAUUUGAAUUUGGGUGGUGAAUUUGGGCAGGUUGAUUUGGGUGGUGAUUUUGACUGGGAUGUUGACCAGUUUUUCGAUGACCCAAUUUCAUUUUGA